GACAUCUAUACAGCGUACAGGAAGUAAACAUGAAAUGAGCUUCAGCAGCGGUGAAGCCGAACAAGGAUUUUAAAUUGUUUUUGUAAUAAAUAAAUAAAAAUGGAUCGAUUUUCGUGGUCAACUGGGCUUUUAGAAAUAAACGAAACAUUGGUUAUUCAACAACGAGGGGUCAGGCUGUAUGACGGCGAUGAUAAGGCGAAGCUGGAUGUUGGAGUUGUCCUGUUGAGCACCCAUCGGUUGAUCUGGAGGGACGUUAAAAAUCAUGAAUGCUGCAUUGCCAUGCCACUGUCUCAGAUCAUCUUCUUUGAGGAGCAGGCUGCAGGAAUAGGAAAGAGUGCGAAAAUAGUUAUACACCUGCAUCCAGUACCUGCGAACAAGGAGCCAGGCCCCUACCAACAAAGCAAGUACUCCUACAUCAAGCUGUCCUUUAAAGAACAUGGGCAGAUAGAGUUUUACAGGAGGCUAACAGAGGAGAUGACUCAGAAAAGGUGGGAGAGUACACCUGAUUCACAACCGAUCUCCUCAAGAACUGGUCCUCAGGCAGGAAGGACACGUGCCGUGGGAAUUGUUGGUAUCGAGAGGAAGAUUGAGGAGAGGAGGAAAGAAACAGACAAGAACAUUUCUGAGGCAUUUGAAGACCUUAGCAAGCUGAUGGUGAAGGCCAAGGAGAUGGUGGAGGUGUCCAGAUCUAUAGCCAACAAAAUCAAAGACAAGCAGGGAGACAUAACAGAAGAUGAGACGAUUCGAUUUAAAUCCUACCUUCUGAGCAUGGGUAUUGCUAACCCUGUUACCAGGGAAACGCAUGGCUCAGGUACACAUUAUCACCUGCAACUGGCUAAGCAACUUGGAGAUAUGCUCCAGGCCCCUCUCGAGGAACGCGGGGGCAUGAUGGCUCUCACUGAGGUUUACUGUCUCGUCAACCGCGCCAGAGGGAUGGAGCUUUUAUCUCCAGAGGAUUUGGUAAACGCAUGCAAAAUGUUUGAGUCGCUGAAGCUCCCGCUGAGGCUGCGUGUGUUUGAUAGUGGCGUUAUGGUGGUUCAGCUGCAGUCUCACAGCGAAGAGGAAAUGAUAGCCUCAGCGAUGGACAGUGUGUCAGACAAAGGCUCCUUGACAGCAGAGGAGUUCGCGAAGCUCUUGGGUCUUUCUGUUCUUCUGUCAAAAGAGCGGUUGCUGCUGGCUGAGAAGAUGGGCCACCUGUGCAGAGACGACUCUGUGGAGGGCUUGAGGUUCUACCCAAACCUGUUCUGACCUGUUUACAAGUUGACACUAUCGAGAUUGGACUUUCUCGGCUGACGGACGGAUGCAUUAAAACAAUCGCCUGACCUCCUCGCGUGCAGCAGGGUGCCUGCUGCGCACGCAACUCCAUUGUGUGCUCCAGUUUCAAAUUCAGCCUCAUUUGGUAUUGAACGGUUGGUUCUCUGUCGCUGGUGGCAGAGCACGCGAAGUCCACGUACCAGGUGUUAGACUGAACGCCGUCUGUAGGAUGUUGAUAUGUUUCCAGGAGUGGUUUAUGAAACUGCAAAUAUUGUACAAGAAGAGAAGGGGUUCCAGAUUUACUCUAGUUUGGCUUUGGGUAAUAUGCUUUGUAAGUGAGAAGUAAAUCAUCCUCAACGAUGGCCAGAUAAUGGUUUCCAAAGUAAAAUGUACACCUUUUUAAUAAAUGGUUGAGGACUGAA